GCGGUGACCCGGAGUGGAGGUGGCGUGAGGCACUUUCUACCCAUCAGCACCUCAUGCCGCGCUGGCUACAACAUUUGCAACACGCACCCACACGCACCCACUCACACAUACACACACAGGCACGCACACAUGAUAACGAGGUCACCACUGUAGCGUGAGGUCUGUAGAAACGCCUUGCGAAUCCUGUGGCGCGGUGAGUGAUGUGAAAUCCCAGCGGAGAAAACCAUUAGGAACAAGAUAUAAAAAUUUGUCACUAAUCACAGGAAUUAUUGUGUUAAUCACGUAAAUCAUUGUGUUCGUGUCGACAAGUGGUCAGAUAAAGAGACAGCUCUGGUCGUUGUGUAAUAAUUUCAUCAUACAAAGUGCCGAUAUAGACCAAAUCAUACUUGUUUUCUGGAGAUGCCAGCAAGGCGUGCAGGAGCGCAGGCAUCAGUGUCUCCGCGUGGCACCGUUAUUCAGUGAGCGAGUGGAAACGUAUCAUGCACGGGCAGAACACCUGUUGAAUGUGGAGCGCGGAGCCAGGGAGGAAGUGAGGCGUACAGGCAAUAGUGAAAUCAUUGUUUUCAAGGCUCGUGGGUAAAGAGUAAGGAGGAUGUAUGGUACCUUAUCCAUGAUCUCUCCCUGAAGGGUGAAAUACAGCAAAUAUGAAGCAACUACACACCAUUGAGUUCCGUGCCUGCAGACUUUGGUGCACAUGUUUCCGUGUUUUACGGGGACCAUAAGAUAUAUUCAGUCAAUAAGUCAAGGACAGACGGCGUCGUUGCAUCAGAGGCAGCGCUUUUGAAUGUUCUUACUGCUGGUCGGAAAGAGGGUGAUAAGUAAGUCACGUCAUGCGGACUCAGGAGCAGCGACGAGCCACUGUGGCCAACGUCACCUUCGACAUCCCCAGAAUCACCUGCAGGGAGUGCGAGGGGCCGGACGUGGAGGUGAAGGCUGAGGAGCAGGGCGUGCACUCCAAUGGUCGCAGCAGUAUUGGUUCUAUGAGCUUUGACGCUUCGCCACGAAACUCAGACGACUCACAGGAUCGCCGUUUUGAAGCCAUGGCGCGCAACUCGCUCUCUUCCCUCCAGCAGCGUCGCCAAUCCACCGCCUCUGCCUUCAUCAGAGAAGCUCUCGAAGCCAGCACCGACGACCGGAACUGGUCGUGGAGCUACCUGAGGGAGAGGUUCCGUGUAAAGGAUUUGGAGGAUCUUUUCGACCAGUACCAGUUACGGAUCCACCACGCCAUGCUCAUCAACUACCUCCUGAUCCAGCUUUGUGUCUCCAUCACUUUCAUCAUCACUCUUUUCGCCGGCAAGAGAAUGGAGAAGCUGGUGCCCGAACUAACUGCUCACGUGGCCGGGCUGGUGGUGUGUGUCUCGCUGCUCGUCUACGUGUAUAACGAGCACACCUUUCGUCAGUACCCUCGCCUCCAUAUCAUCAUGUCAGGCCUCGUUAUCAUCACACUCUUCGCCACAGACGUCGCCAUUACUCUCUUCUUCAAGAACAACCGUUUCCCCGACAGCGAACACUAUAACAUUAAAUCUGGCAACAUGGUGUACCUGCUGCUUGUGGUGUACGUGUUCCUACCAAUCUCACACAAGUGGCAGACGGUGGUGCUGGGAGGCUUCCUCACCGCCGGGGACCUCGCCCUCACCUACUACGCCAUCAGCACUGGCCACCUGGACACAGAGCACGAGCACAUCGUCACCAAGAUGUGCGUGGACACUGCCAUCCUCCUCUGCAUCAACCUGCUGGGCAUUUACUGGCGCUUCAUGAGUGAAGUGGCUUUCAGACGAGCCUUCCUCGACAAGCGCGGCAGUCUGGAGUCUAAAUUUAAGGUGGAGGCCGAGAAGAAGCAGGAGGAGAAGCUGCUGCUGAGUAUCCUUCCCAAGAACAUAAUGCAGCAAGUAAAGGCUGACUUCCGCAAAAUGAUUGAAGGGCCCAUCUUCAACUCCAACCCAGUCACCAAGAACAAUCCCUUCCCAAACUUGUACAUUAAUCAUCACGAAAUGGUGUCCAUUUUAUACGCUGACAUCGUGAACUUCACGGUGCUCACCACGAGGCUGAGUCCAGACCAGCUGGUGGUGAUGCUCAAUGACCUCUUCGGCAAGUUUGACGACGCUGCUGAGGUAAACCACUGCCUCCGAAUUAAACUCCUUGGGGACUGCUACUACUGCGUUUCUGGCGUGCCGGAGUUCAACGAGGACCACGCCAAUAACUGCGUCAAGGUCGGCCUGGAGAUGAUCGACAUUAUACGUGAAGUGAGAGAGAUGAGGAAGGUGAACGUGGACAUGCGCAUCGGGAUCCACAGCGGUAGCGUGUUGUCGGGUUUGAUCGGCGUGAGAAAAUGGCAGUUCGAUGUGUGGAGCAACGCCGCCACCAUUGCCAACCACAUGGAACAGACGGGCUCAGCAGGUCGGAUUCACGUGACCCACAAAACCCAGGAGCUCAUCAAUGACUUGGACUACGAGUUCGAGAUGAGCAACGCGAGGGAGAGGGACCCGCUGCUGCAAGAAGAGGAUAUCGAAACUUUCUUCCUUAUUCCCAACCAGAGGCGACAAAAGACACGACGGGUCCACCACAUGUCAACAGCGAACAUCAAGACUCCCAUGUCCGUCGCCAACGAUUCCCCAAAGCUUGAUAACUUUUAUGAAGGCAACGUACCCAAGAGAGUGGCAAAGGUGCAACUCCCUCACGGCGUGUCCAGACCCUCCAUCCUCAACAGAAGACGAUCAACUGUCUCGGAAACUCCCCUGUCCUCUAAAAGACGAACAGUGGUGACAGACACCGCCCUCACCAACUUCCAAAAGAUAAUGGUGAACUCCAGGGAGACAAUGGAAAAAGAAAUAGAGACCAUGCCCCUGCGCAAAACUGACCAGUGGUUCCAUCCAGAGGGCAUCAAUCCAUUCUUCCUUAACUUCACCAAUCGUGAGUGGGAGUUGCCGUUGCUGCGUCAAUCCGACCCGCUCUACAAGUAUUACAUCGCCUGCGCCUUAGUGGUUUUCGUCUCCAUCUUUGUCACGCAGCAGUCACUCAUGCCCGGGAACUCUUUAGGGUGGCAGGCGGGCGUCGGGUGUCUGGCACUGCUGAGCGUGGUGAUGGUGCUGGUCUGGGUCGCCACUGUACACCAGCACAUAGUAGACCCUCACAAUGACCUCGAGGAAGAUGCCAAAAAUCGCUUCACCAUCACAAAAUUCUUCUACUGGUCUUCCACGAACAUCAUCUCGUCCUUCAGCGUGCGGGUGGUGCUGUACCUGACGGUGUGCGCUGCCUUGUACACCUGCGCGGUCAUCAAUGUGGUUGAGUGUGAAGACAUACUGGACGUGGCCAUAAACACCUUGAGUGACACGAGCACCUCCACUAUCAUCCCCCUCACUCUCAAUGAAUCCAACGGACUCCUAAACCUCGAGAACGUGCCGCCCCCUCUCUGCUGCGAUCCUUGGUAUUUCACUUACAGCACCGCCCUCACUCUCCUCGUGGCCUGGACCUUCUUCAGGAUGCACUUCCUUCUCAAGUUUUUGGUCUACCUCCUCGCAGUGUCAAUAUACGGAUACUUCAUCUUUGACUUUGCCGAAGUAAUGUACAACCAUACCCAGCUGACUGAAGUGUGUCCCUCGCUGAUGGUGACAAGUCUCGGCCUCAGUCCUGGCAUGGGCCACCUACUGUUCCUGAUCAUGAUCUUCCUGGCUCUCCAUGUGCUGGAUCGUCAGAUGGAGUACAUCACUCGGCUAGACUUUCAAUGGAAGCAACAGCUGGAAAAGGAACAGAAGGAGGCAGAGACUACACAUUCUGCUAACAUACUGCUUCUACAAAACAUCCUGCCGUUACAUGUUGCUGAGAGGUACCUGAACCGUCAGAACGCUACGGACGAACUCUACCAUGAAUCUUUCAAGAACGUGAGCGUCAUCUUUGCCUCCAUCCCCAACUACAGCAAGUUAUACCGAGAGUACACGAGAGAUAACCACGGCACCGAGUGUCUUAGACUCCUCAAUGAGAUCAUCUCUGACUUUGACAUGCUGACGUACCAGGAGCCAUUUCAAGCCAUAGAGAAGAUCAAGAUUGUGGGCAGCACGUACAUGGCAGCGUGUGGACUUCAGCCUGAUGGUGACGAGCUCAAUGAGGAGGAGAGGAGCAUGGAAGAGAAUGUGUCCACCAUUGUAAAGUUCGCGGUGGAGAUGCGCCGGAAACUGGAGAGCUUCAACACCGAGUCCCUUCAAGAGUUACAGCUGAGAGUGGGCAUCAACGCGGGGCCAGUGAUCGCUGGUGUGGUGGGAGCACACAAGCCCAUGUACGACAUUUGGGGAGACACAGUCAACGUGGCCUCCAGGAUGGACUACACGGGUGAAAUGGGAAAAAUACACGUAACAGCCCAUGUGGGUGACAUCCUUCAAGGAUUGGGCUGGAGUGUGGAAUGUCGGGGGGAGAUCAAGGUGAAGGGAAAAGGGUUCAUGAAAACUUAUUAUGUAGAUCCCGAUAGUGCUCCUAAAGACCCUCAGCCUCUGGUUCCUCCCGACACUCCCAGCAACAACAAUAACAACCAUAAGCACCGUAAAUCCAGUCAAGACACGACGGGCGAGAGGAGAAGAAGUAGCCAGCUCAGCCUGAUGUCCAUUAAGAGCUUCCUCUUGUCCCAAAGAGGUAGCCUGGAUAUAACUGCAAGCAAAGAUGCAGACACACACAGCACUCGGUCUCUCCCGAUUUACAAACCGAUAAAGAACGAGAAUGAAAUACCUCAGCAGUGGGAAAUGGAGGGACAUGGGUCAGCAGGAACAUCACCACGCAGCAGUUUUGACUCCAAAGAUUCCGGAGUGGUGAAGGGCAGCUACCGUCCCUCCUACCCGUCCCCUGUGGCUGAAGAGGCAGAAUGGGCAUCAGCGGCUCCCACUUCGCUGCAAAGAGAUCGCAACAAAUCUUCUGACUCCACGACACAGGUAUCACCCGGCCAAGAUUCGCUUAGAAGAUUUAAUAAUAACGAAGUUCUAAAACAGUUAGUUAACAGUAAAGAAAAACACUAUUUCUCCCAUAUGAGAAAUAGUAAUUCAUUCCCCGAUUUAUCACGAAUGCGAAUCACAGAUCCAAAGGAUGUGAGAAACAGUUUGACUCUCGGAGCUUCACGGAAAGGUUCAAAAUCUUCUAUAGGCAAAAAAUGCCCAGACGUGAGAUACGCACAGAACCGUUUACUAGCACGGUCUUCUCCACACACCUCAAUUACAGUGGAUUCUGACGAAGUGCAAAGUGUAUGGUUGUGAAUGCUGUUCUAUGCCUUUCAUAUACAUUGUGUGAUAUUACAUGUGUUUAUGUUCCUAAGAGAUUUAUUCCAAAUACCACUAGAACACAAGAAAACACUGUAAAAAUGUAUAAAAAUUGUAGAUUUUCUGAUGUAGGAUGUUUUGAUAUAGGGAAAGGUACGCGUGUACGGGCGAAACGUACAAGUGAUCCACAGCAACAGUGGCUGCUAGUCUUACGCUCUACAUAAGAGUGAAUCAAAGACAGUGGUUCAAGGAAACUGUUUGACACUGAGCGAAUGAGGCUUUUCAGAUUAGGAAAAAGAAAUAUAGAGAAUUCUAAGAAACAUAUUCGCAUCUUACAAGGCUUUACUAAUGAAAUUACAACUGUUUCACUUACGAAGGGACUUGGUUGAAAAGAUAGACCUCCUCCCACAAUAGUUUUGUAUUCUAAUCACCGUCUAUCUUCUUCCCUUCCUGUACUGAAAGUCUUAUAUCCGGUAAACAAUGAGUCUCCCUAUAUAUCAUAGAUUUAUUGCGUUAUUUGUACAUAUUGUAAAAUCUGUUUUUUUUUUUUUUUUUUUUUUUUAGAGAGAGAGAGAGAGAGAGAGAGACAGACAUACAUGUGUAAUAGUUCGUCAUCUAUGUAAUUGCUAAGGUUAAGAAUGAGAAUGGAAGCAUUGUACAUAUGCGUGAAGCUAUUUAAUUCUGAACCUUUAGUGUCUGGAAACAAAACAUGAUAUCACAUAACUAUACGUCCGAUAAUACUCUAUUGUUUGUCUUGUACAUACACACAUUUCUUAUGUUAUAUACCAUGUAUAUACGAGUACAUUAAAUAAAUAUAUAAAUAUUCGAAAA